AUCUUGGUAUUCUCAUCAAUUAUUAUCCAGAAAAGAACCCAAGUUUUGUUCAAAUCCACCACGCAACUCAAACUCAAGCUCAUAUUCAAGCUCAACGAAGUCUAAAUAUUCGAGUUCACUUCUUUCUGAUCAAAUUUCCAUCAGACAAAGACCAUCAUAUCUUACUUCCAGCCAGAAGAUGGAGAUACUGAUUGCUUUAAUCUCAGCACUUCUAAUUAUCGUCCUAAGCGUUCUCCAAACGAACAGGAGGAGAUCAUCAAGACCAAAAAAUCCUCCACCACCAGGUCCUCCGGGGAUUCCAGUCAUUGGAAACUUGCUUCAGUUUGAUACCUCAGCCCCUCAUGUAUACCUUUGGCAACUUUCCAAAAUAUAUGGUCCUCUCAUGUCUCUUAAGCUUGGAUCCUUUCCACUGCUUGUGGUUUCAUCCGCAAGAAUGGCUGAAGAAGUUGUGAAAAACCAUGACUCGACAUUUUCUAGUCGCCCACUCCUCCUAGGUUCCCGAAUGCUUUCUUACAACGGCUUGGGUAUCGUCUUUUCUCCAUACAGCGAGCAGUGGAGAGAGCUGAGAAAGAUUUCUGUUCUUCAUCUCUUCAGCAACAGAAGGGUGCAGUCAUUUCGUGGUAUUCGUGAAGAUGAAGUCUCCCGGAUGAUCAGAACGAUAUCCAAGGAAGCAUCUUCAUCUCAAGUGACGAAUUUGAGUAAGACUUUAAUAUCACUUUCAAGUACGUUUAUCUGUAGAAUUGCUUUCGGAAAGAGGUAUGAUGAGGAAGAUCAACAAAGAAGACGAUUCCAUGAUCUCCUCCAAGAAAUGCAGGCUGCAUUCGUGGGGUUCUUUUUCUCAGACUAUAUUCCUUCAAUUGGUUGGCUUGAUAGCCUCAAUGGGAUGCGUUCUCGACUUGAGCGGACUUGCAGUAAGUUAGAUUCAUUUCUUCAAGAACUCAUCGACGAACACUUAAAUCCAAAUAGGCCAGAGUCCAUGAACGGUGAUAUCAUUGACAUCAUGCUUCAAUUACGGCAAGAACAAUCAACUUCCUUUGAUCUAACGCAAGAUCACAUCAAAGCGAUGCUCAUGGAUGUAUUUAGUGCAGGGUCGGAUACUGCUGCAGCUACAAUAAUCUGGGCAAUGGCAGCACUGAUGAAGAGCCCUGAAGCAAUAUUGAAGAAGGCACAAGCAGAGAUUAGAGGUGCACUUGGAAAUAAAGAUAAAGUAAACGAAGAUGAUAUUCAAAAGCUCCCUUAUCUCAAGGCAAUUGUCAAGGAGACCUUCAGAUUGUAUCCUCCAGCUCCACUUUCAGUUCCAAGACAGACACUAGCAAAUUGCAUAAUAAAUGGUCACGAAAUCCGGUCCAAUUCUAUAGUUUACACGAAUGUCUGGGCGAUUGGAAGAGAUCCCGAUAAUUGGGAAAAUCCAAAUGAGUUUUUGCCUGAGAGAUUCUUGAAUAGUAGCGUAGAUAUGAAAGGGAAAGACUUUCAACUGAUACCGUUUGGGGCUGGGCGAAGGGGCUGCCCUGGAUAUUCUCUGGGACUAGCAAUGGUGGAAGUUGGACUUGCCAAUCUUCUGUAUUCUUUUGACUGGGAAUUGCCUUCUGGGAUCAAGAAAGAAGACAUUGAUACUGAAGUUUUACCGGGUCUUACAAUGCUUAAGAAAAAUGAUCUGCUACUUGUCGCAAAAAAUGUGUGUGCGCAGCAAGUGUCAAGUUCUGGCAUCUAAAUACUUGGGACCAUGUAUUCUUUGCUGUGGAACUUCCUUUUUUUUUCUUCCCUUCUUAUGUUUAGUUUCUUUUGUGACUUGCUUCUAGUCAUAUAAUUAUAUUCAAGGGUCUGUUUGGAACAUAAGUUUUUUGAUUA